AUGAAAAGAAUGCAACGCCACGGGAACAUUAUCCGUCACUGGAUGUAUUAUUUUUUCUCUGCGUUUCAAAUAUGGAGUGUCGCAGCAGCACAGAUUGCAUAUUCGGUUACGGAGGAAUCGAGCCCGGGUACCACUGUGGGAAAUUUGGCUAAGGAUUUACAUCUAGAUAUACAAGAGUUGGAAACUCGAGGUUUUCAAAUAUCAGGACCAAACACGAGGUAUUUCGAGGUAAUUGUUAAGACUGGAAUACUUCUGGUGAAAGACAGAAUAGACCGAGAGGAGCUGUGCUCUCGCAGCGUGAAGUGUUCUCUGGAAGUGGAAGCCAUUGUCAAAUCUCCGCUAAAUCUCUACCGAUUUGAGGUUAAUAUUUUGGAUAUAAAUGACAACGCGCCCUCUUUUCGGAUUCCAGGAAUUGUUCUUAAUGUGUCUGAAUCAGCUUUUCCCGGUGAAAGAUUUACACUGGCAAAGGCUUUCGAUGCUGAUGUGGGUACUUAUUCGGUAAAAAGCUACAAGCUGAGCCAAAACGAACAUUUUACCCUGGAUGUGCAGAAUGCUGGAGAGCAAACAAUGUCUGCUGAAAUGGUACUACAGAAAGCCUUAGACCGUGAGAAACGGCCAGCUAUCAAACUCACACUGACGGCUAUAGAUGGAGGAAAACCUCCUAAAUCAGGCACGUUGCAUAUCACUGUUAAUGUGCAAGAUGUAAAUGAUAAUAUUCCAAUUUUUGAUAAGUCGUUGUACAAAGCCACAGUGCCAGAAAACGCACCUCGCGGUACAAGCGUCAUUUCGGUGCAUGCUUGGGAUUUAGAUGACGGUCUUAAUGGAGAAAUACUGUAUUCUUUUAUCAACCACGACAGUGACAAUGAUGUUGAUAAAUUUGCCAUUAACUUCAUAACGGGAGAAAUUACGGUAAACGGCGAAAUAGAUCACGAAAAAAACAGUGCAGUCGAAAUCCGGGUCCAAGCGAAAGACAAAGGACCAUUUCCAAGAGCAUCUCAUUGUAAAAUACUAGUUGAAAUCACAGAUGUUAAUGAUAAUGCACCAGAAAUAUCAGUGACGUCUUUAGUCAAUGUGGUCAGAGAAGAUUCACAAGUAGACACGAUGGUUGGACUUAUAACAGUGAAAGAUAACGAUGCAGAUAAAAACGGAGUUGUUCAGGUUAGAAUAGUUGAUUCUGUUCCGUUUAAAAUUAAAAAUACAUACAAGAACCAUUAUUCUUUGGUCGUAGACGGAACUCUAGACAGAGAACAAGCUUCUAAAUAUAAUGUAACAAUAAUAGCGACUGACGAAGGGGUCCCGCCUCUUUCCGGGACAAGUGUUAUUACAGUGCACGUUUCUGAUGUCAAUGACAAUGCACCUCGUUUUAAAGAACCGGUGAUAAACAUUUUCGUUAAGGAAAACAGUCCCAUAGGCGCUAAUAUCUAUACUAUGACUGCAGAUGAUCCGGAUGUAGACGAAAAUGCACAAGUAACGUUUUCAGUUAUUAAUAAUAAUCAUAAAAACAAUGUAAUAGGAUCUGUUAUAAACAUCAACUCAGAGACUGGAGAUAUAGUCACUCUGCAGUCUUUUAACUUUGAGGAGUUAAAAACGUUUCAGUUUAAAGUUCAGGCCACAGACUCUGGUGUCCCUCCGCUCGGCAGCAACGUGACUGUCAAUGUUUUUAUACUGGAUGAAAAUGACAAUAAUCCAGCUGUUCUGGCGCCCUAUUCUGAGCACGGCUCCGUUAACAGUGAGAGCAUCCCCUAUUCUGCUGAAGCGGGAUACUUUGUGGCAAAUAUCAAGGCUGUAGACGCAGACUCUGGAUACAAUGCGCUGCUUUCUUAUCACCUGUCUGAGCCCAAAGGAAACAACCUCUUCCGGAUCGGAACCAGCACCGGGGAAAUCAGGACUAAGAGGAGAAUGAGUGACAAUGACCUGAAAACUCACCCCUUGGUGGUGUUGGUUUCUGAUAACGGAGAACCCUCCCUGUCAGCUACUGUGUCUAUUGAUGUGGUGGUGGUUGAAAGCACAGCUGACAUUCAGACUCAGUUCAGACAUGUUCCAGUGAAGGAGGACAGCUUCUCUGAUUUAAACCUGUAUCUGCUGAUCACCAUUGUGUCGGUGUCAGCGAUCUUUCUGCUGAGCCUCAUCAGUUUAAUAGCUGUCAAAUGUCACAGGACCGACGGCAGUUUCAGUAGGUACGGCGCCCCAAUGAUCACCACCCACCCUGACGGGAGCUGGUCUUACUCUAAAGCUACUCAGCAGUAUGACGUGUGUUUCAGCUCAGACACAUUGAAGAGUGACAUGGUGGUUUUUCCCGCACCAUUUCCACCUGUAGAUGCAGAGCUGAUCAGUAUUAAUGGAGGAGACACUUUUACACAGACAUUACCUAAUAAGGUAAGAUUGGGUCAUAGAGUGUUUAUAAAAAGGUAUUACACUUCAUAUUAA